AGCUCCGAGAAUGUGACCCUGAAGAAAUGACGGUGCCUGACUAGCCGGCUCUCAACAGGGUCUGCCUCCGAUGUUUACCCCCAUCAGGCGCCUCUAGGACGAGUUGAAGGACCUCACAACACCUCCGAGCCAAUUCAAGUGCGUGCUACAGGUCUAGCCGGACUAGACUAGACCCUUCUUGGGUGGCCGGGCCAGCGCCUGGUUCAAUGUCACCCUUCAUCGUCCUGGCGCCGUCUGGUGUGCUGUGUGCACCCAAGCACCCAACGGUUCCCUCUCGCCCACGAUGCUUUCCGCCUUGCUACCUAUCAUGCACACGGAGCCCAGUGCCCUAUGACCUACUACGUACAGCGUAUAACGUCCCUUUGGCCCGCCAGCCCCAUCCCGCACGGCUCCGUGAGGACAAGAGCCGGCGCAACAGCCGGAUCUCGCUUCCUACGUUCCUAUACCCUUGGAUCUCAUGCAUUGCUCUCCCCCUUUGUCCCUCUAUCCUCUAUCCCGCUCUAUCGCUGCCUUGCUGUCCUGUCGCGGCUGAUCGGAUCACUCCCGUAGCCCUCGAUGCAUUGCCACACCUACCGCCACGCCUGCCAAUGCACUGACUGGUUCCAAAAAAGAAAUCCCCGCUAUCCGCAAAGGGGAAACCGUCAAUGCCCCGAACAAUGUCAUGUGUUAUUGGCCCCAAUCUAUCGUCUUUCCCGUCAUUCCGGCGGCGCGAUGAACUUGGACUUGGCGUUGGGGGAGGUGGCCAAGGUGGAUAUGGG